AUGCCCGAGAAGAGACCCGCCUCCCAUACGCGCUCGCCCGUCGCCAAACGGAAGCGUACUGCCAAAGCGACGUCCACUGCUCACAAUACCGCCGAUCCCAAGGCUACUGCUUCCAAGACUGCCUCCUCUAGAACCACCUCUGUUCUCGACAAUGGCGCUGCGGGAAGCCCUCUUCCUUCCGGACCACCCCGCACAGAUCGAAGCACUCCCGGAAGCGUGGCAAGAUCCGUCAAAGCCAACCCACCGGCCCCAAAGACCCCUGAGGAAAGCUCCAAGAGGCCGAAAGCUUCAGACAAGAUGCCGGAACCAAAAUCAAGCGAGGGUAAUGAUGCAGAGGAACCCAAAAAGCAACAGGAGCUGGAGAUCUGCCCGAUGUGUGGCGAGGAGUACGACUCAGAAGAUGAAGACGACGACAUCUGCGAGUUCCAUCCCGGAAAGCUGGUAAUCGACCGAAAGGUACCUUGCUGGAAAUCAGAUUGGCGCGUGGAUCCCUACAGCGAAGAGUAUGUUGAAGAGUCUUUCGAAUCUCAUGAGCUUUACCCGGACAUGCUUAUGUGGGACUGCUGCGGAUGUUCGGAAGGUGCACCAGGUUGCGAGACACAAAGUGGGCACGGAGAAUACUGA